AUGUCUUUUGAUCGAGUCCUCCCCAUGCCCCCUGCUCUACAAUAUGAUCCUCCACCGGUCACGCUACCUCGACCAACUGGUAGUCUCCUCGAUCAUAAGAUCAUGAAUGACGGUUACUCGAAAAUGCCUGUGAUGGACCAUCAUCAUCGCGAUGCCACUUCAUUUGGGGGGCAUCGCCGGUAUGCCGAUAAUCUACCCCACGCACACAUGGCCUUCAAUCGGUACAAGAUGGCCAUGAAUAAGGCUGUCGCAGGUGUAGCUUCCCUCGAGCCUGCAAAGCCAACGACUCUCAUGGGCACCAAGCCCAUUCCUCUUCGCGAACGCUCUUCCAUGUCAGAACGCUCUUCGUCAUCAAGCCCGGUCAAAUCAGUGGCUCCGACCCCGCGGGAAUCAGCAGCCAAUUUCUGCCUCUGCCAGCCCGACCCGAAAAUUCCCCGCCCCCGAAAUGCCUUUAUCUUGUACCGUCAACAUUGGCAAGCUUCAGUUGUUGCGCAACAUCCGGGACUUGCUAACCCUGAAAUCUCCAAGAUCAUCGGAGAGCAGUGGAGAAAACUGCCCCAGGAGACCAAGGAUACAUGGAAGGCUUUGGCCGAGGAAGAGAAAGCCCGUCAUCAGCAGCAGUAUCCGGAGUACAGAUAUCAGCCUCGUCGUUAUGGCCGAGAUGGUAGUUCCCGAAACGCCAGCUCUGGCAUCAGCCAUAACCCGCCCGGCUCCACAGUAUGCAGCCGGUGCGGUGGCCGAGUUAUGAACCCGCCCGUAUCACCGGACGCGCCUCCUUUUACUCCCAGCACCUCGGGCUUCAAUGAGGUCUCUCCCCGGAUCGAGACUGUCACCGUGCGCAGUAGCCAAGGUCGGUCGAAAGACAUGGAUCGGCCAGCAAGCGUGGUUCGAAUCGCGCCUACUGCGGAGUCUCAGUCUCCUCACCAGCGUCAUUUCGAAGAAAGUGGCAGUCGGUCACCAGAUAACAAGCGCCGCCGGUUUAACACUCAAGUUCCUCUCCAGAGCAACAUCCCGCGCGAUCGAAGUCCAGAUUCAACUUACCCCAUCUCCCCGUAUACGCCUCACUCGACUGUCUCGGACACUAGAGGAUUUCUUCAAUUGGCACCACCGCAACGACCCAUCCGAAACGCCAAAGACUUCGCUCAGCCAGAUCCAAGCCUGAAGCUCCCUCCAUUGCAGACCACCACCUCUCCCUCUCAGUCGGGAGUCAUGACCCCAAUGACGCCCUUCGCACGCGAAGAGUCCACUCUCGAGGCCACGGUGAUGACAAUUCCGUUCCUCAACAAGAUCAAAGUUCUUGCCAAGAUAUCGCCUCCGCUUGCACCACCAUAUCACGGCAACACUAUGCCACCACGAGGAGCCGUUAUUGCGGUGGACGGACAGGACCUGGCUCUGGUCAAGACCAUGGUGGAUCAUCUCAACAACACUCUGCAGAAGGAAGGCAGAUAUCAGACCUACACGUUCACGGGACCGGAUAUCAACCCCAGGAAGAGCUACUCUGACUCAGAGCAGAUGGGAGAUGCCACGGUGGACUACCUCAAUAUUAUCUCCGAGUGGCACCGCAUCUCAGACAAAAUCAUUAACUUUGUAAAGCCCCCGCGGGCCUCGUCCGAGGCUAAAUCCACGGAGGAGGAGCACACGGGCGUGUCACCUCGAACAACAAGUCCCAAAACGGCCGACAUGCAAAUCAGCUCACCGAAACCAUCGGGAGGCGAUGCGUCUCCGUCGGCGGCUUCCACAGAAGCCAACACAAACACCCACCGAGUACCCGUUGCCCUUGUUCCUCGGUACCAGCUGACCACGGCGGAUGCAUUUGCAUGUUCCGUGCAGAUUAGCGACUCAUAUGCGCCGCUGGACCAUUGGCAGUGGAUGGCAUCUCUGUGGCGUGCUUGCGUAGGCCCCGACAUCACAGUUUACAUCCGCGAGUGCGACAAGGAAGAGCUGGACCGGUACGGUAGUAACCCCGUGGAGAUUCGCCUGCAGGAUGCACGCACUGUCGUUGUACGGCGUGCGGCGUCCUCUUCUAGAGAGAUGGAGGAAAAGAUCAUGAAAAGAGUCAGUUUCGAGAUUGAGGAUUUUCUUACGCAGUAA